UGGAAGCUGGGGCACCAGACAUGUUGUGACCAUGUUGUGACUGAGGGCCGGAAUCAUGUGCCGGGGGACUACAUGGACAAGGAUCGGUGCACCUUUUGAGAAUGAAAGCACCGAAUCUGCGGGCAUAGGGAACAACAGGUAGAGACAAGACCCCGAAUUGCGGCAUGAAGGCUGCAGAAUUUUAAUGGGGUCCUCCGUUGACUGAGGAUCUGUAGACCUGUAAUUGGCAGGGGGCAGUCAUUCUUGUCUUCAGGAGGUCAUGUUGCUAUGAAAAGUCGGACUUAGGAUAAAAUAGUGUUCGGCUGGGCCAGCGACUGCUUCCGCAGGCAAGCAGGCAGGCAUCUCUCCCUCCCUCCCUCGCUCUGCAUCUCUGCGAUCUGUCUCGAUCGAUGGACCCGUGUUUUGAUGUUUCUCUCGAUCAGAUGUCUACCGUUCUCGUCCUCUGGAGUUUAUCGCUUCCAUGAUCGAUGCUGCUGCCAAAAAGAUCUGCUACUGCUGCACGUGACCGAAUUCGUGACAUAGCUCGUGACCGUGUCAGACUCCCCUUCUUAUGACAGACACAUGCAAAUACAACGGGCACUGAACAGCAUUGCGUCUGAAGAGACCCCGGCUGCCAUAAUCCUUCGUGCUGAGGUCGUAUCGGGGGCGGAAUCAUGGCGGAUUAUUCGGUUCGAGGGGCUCGAUGGUGGGUGGUCGCGCUGCCGACCGCCCUCGCGUGCAUCAUGAGCGCGAACUUCUCCUCCGCUCAGACUUGCGACUCGCAAGACAGCGCAGCGCUGCUGGAAUUCAAGGCCGGAUUCGUCGAUAGGGACGGCGUCUUCGCAGGUUGGAAUGGCACGGCCGAUUGCUGCUCGUGGCAGGGCGUCACUUGCGAGCUGGGGCGCGUGGUGGAGCUCAAGGUCAUGGCGUUCUUCUCCUCAGGCUCUCCAGUCCGAGACACGGCCUACGCAGGAGGCCAGGUCGGGGCGAGUCUCGGAGCUCUGACAGCACUGACGCAGCUCGACAUCGAGAACGUGCGCUUCAAUGGUCCAAUUCCCGACUCGCUGGGCGACCUCGGGAAUCUGGAGCGCCUGAAAUUGCGUCAGGCUGGAUUGCAGGGACUCAUUCCCGAGAGUCUGUGCAAUCUGUCGAAGCUCCAAGUGCUGGACCUCACGGACAAUGCGAUCACGGGCAAUGUGCCGGCCUGCGUCACCGAGUGGACGCAGAUCGCUGCGAUUCGGCUGGCGGCGAAUGAACUCUCGGGAGCCAUCUCGGAGAACAUCAGCCAAUUGAUCACGCUGGUCGAGCUCGACCUCGCCGAGAAUGGCUUCGAGGGAUACAUUCCGCGCUCGCUGCAGAAGCUGCAGAAGCUGGAAAUCCUGUCGCUGUCGGCGAACUCGCUGAACGGGAGCAUUCCCAGCGCUCUGACUGGCCUCAAGAGCUUGCAGGUGGUGGCUCUCGACCACAACCAGCUGACGGGCGGAGUGUCGUCGUGGUGGUACCGCCUCGAGAAUUUGACGCAGAUCGAGCUCAAUGACAAUCAGCUCGGAGGGAACAUCUAUCUCCCAGGCUCGACCGAAGCGCUGGCUCCGCUGCAGAAGCUCUCGCUCCAGAACAACAAAUUCGGUGGCACCAUUCCCCCGGAGCUCGGCAAUUUUGUGGGCGCCGUGGCCAUCGAUCUCUCGAACAAUCAGCUCACUGGCCCCAUCCCGGACUCACUCGGCAACAACACAUUCGGCACUCUGCUGCUGUCGAACAAUCGGCUCACUGGCGGGUUCCCGCUGUCGCUGGCCAGAUUGCAGACCGUGAGGCUCGAUGGAAAUCAGCUGGACGACCUGACGGCGAUCGGAUCGGUGCCGACCGACGGGUUCAACGUGAUCAGCGAGCUAGGGCUCGGAGAGAAUCGGUUGGCGGGGCCGUGGCCGACAUGGAUCUCGGAGCUCGUCAACCUCUCUACUCUCGACGUCUCCAGCAAUAACAUCAGCGGCCCGAUUCCCGUAGCGCUUUUGAGCAGCCAGAAUCUGCAGUACUCUCUCAAUGCUUCGCACAAUCCUCUCAACAUUCCUCUCCCGGGCGGAGUAGGCUUCGUCUCGCAGCUCGGCAUUCUUGACCUAACGGCCACGGGGCUCACAGGCAGCCUCGGCGCCAGCUUCUUCAAGAGCUUCCCGUUGGUGUCCAGUCUGUACCUGGGAGAGAACGCGCUCGUCGGCGAUCUGCCAUUCGAUCUGCCCGCCAUGUUGAACCCUUCGACGAACAUCCUCGACCUCUCCAACAACUUCUUCACCGGCAAAGUUCCCCGAUUCUUCAAUCUCGAGUUCCUCAUGUAUCUCGACUUAGUAGGCAACAGCUUCGCAUUCGGUCCAUUGUAGUGGCACGACAUUACACCCAGCCAGCGGACUUCGGGCUGUGCUACCCUGACACUGGAGUUCCCUGUGCCCUUCGUUCGUUCAAUCAAUCAAUCAUUCUUUCAUUCAUAAGAGGACUGGAUCAGCUGUGCAGUCUUCGACGUGAUUAGAACUUUGUGGAAUCACACACCAGCUGUGUAAUCUGUAAGUAUAUAACAUCCUUUUCGAGAAAUUUGAAAAUCGACCAACAUUCUGACGGGCUUAUCUUCUAGACUGGAUGGAUCCGAAGAUGAAGAUAAUGAAGAAGAUGAUCACAAGGUUCUUUCUCGAGUCUUUCUUUGUAGCAUGAAGGAGUCUGGAUUGCGCGUAUUGUCGUGGUUGUGAAGUUUAGCCCGGCUCAGGAACCAAUCGCAAUAGAGCGACUUGAACGAACGAAGAUUCAAGUCGCUGCGAUUUCUUGCGUAUGCAGGAGCUCCAAAUUAAGACCUCCGAAUCACUGUCCGAGAGUAGCCGGACUGUUCGAGUCCUAGGAGAUUCUGUCAGAAACUUGAGCUUUCUUACCCAAACAUCAUCAUCGCUGCGGGAAGGCACGAGCUUUCCGCCGCGCAAGACAGGUCU